AUGUUGUACCAAGGCAGGCAAAGUGCGCGGCCAACGUCCAUCAGGCAGACCACUCUCGACCUGCAGCUCACCUGUUGCGUCGCCGCAGUGAGCCAGGCAGAAGGGCAGCCGAGGUCCUUGCAUUAUGGGAUAGUCAAUCAAAAGAGCAAGGCAGCAUUAACUACAUACGUAGUGACCUAUUUGACUCCUGCGAAAGCGUCGCUCUUCCGGGAGCGCACGAAGUGGACUGAGGGCGAGACGAAAAGCAGCCAUUGGGGCUCCUUUCGCUGGGUUCACAACAUUUCGGACAAGAUCAACGUGAGCGCUCGCACGGCGCAGCAGAACCAGUCAUCGAUACUACUGUACCAUAACACAGAGGAAUGCGCCGGGCCACUGGCUCCGGGCCUCCGGGGGAAGCUUGGGAGCGAUCGAGAUGUAUUGACCCUCGAAGACUCCACCACUGUCUCACAAGCCCAAUCUGGCCGAUCAGCACUUCAUCGUGAUAAGUCCGUCGCCUAUGUGAGGGAAGGUGAUAGUGGCGCCGCCGUGCUGCUCGACGAAACCUUGGCUGUGUGCAAGGCCACCACGUUGGGCCUGGAGUUGCCUCCGUAA